CCGAUCCACUGCCUCAUCCACAGAAAUAUGGUUGACAGCCGUCCACCUUCAUGAAUACCUACCUCUAAUAAAAGCUCUAGAUCUUGAUGAUUAUCGACAACCAACUUUUUGCUUGAGCCCGUGAACGUCAUUAAUGCGAUUCCAUUUCUUUCUCUAGUGAUAUUCUCAUAGAUACAGCAACAUGACAGACACGGACAUUCUCUCAGAAACCAUCUCCCUCGGCCGCUUUAACGAGCUGCUUAGCCAAUAUGAUUUGUUCAUCGCGUCCAUGUCGGAAGACAAACCGCCUAAACCUGGCCAGUCGUCUCUCCUUACACUUGAUGAGUAUCGGUAUGGGGAAGCCACUGAUUUGUUUCGAUCUAACAAGCCAAAACGACAAAUGGCUCUUGAUGAUGUGAAGACAUUGGUGGAUUGGAAGUUGCGUCAUGGGAAAUUUCGGCCAACCUUGAUGAAGCUCGUAUCAUCGAACGAAGAAGAGGUUGUUAGCAAGAUUAUACAGGAGGCAAUGGCACGAUACUGGCUCGACGACAAUGUCACCAAAGCAAUGGAUGCCAUUACAAAAUUAAAAGGGAUAGGUCCUGCAACCGCCUCACUUUUACUGUCUGUACACGACCCCGAACGAGUCAUUUUCUUUUCGGACGAAGCCUUCUGGUGGUUGUGUUGUAAUGGCCAGAAGUCACCGAUCAAGUACAACGCAAAGGAAUAUCAGCAAUUGAAUAUCGCCGCAGAGAAGCUUGCUAAACGGCUUCAAGUAGGCGCUACUGAUAUUGAAAAAGUAGCUUAUGUUGUCAUGAAAGAUGAAGCUGGACAAGCUUCGACUUCUAUAAGCCCGCGGUCUAAAAAUACUUUAUUAAAACCGGACAAAAAAGCCGAAGAAGCGAAACCUAAGCCAGCAGCCAAGAGGGAAAACAGUUCGGUUAUAGACACUGACACUAAACCUCUUCGACGCUCACAACGGCAAAAGGCCUCCUGAACACAAGCUUUGCCCUCCAUUGGUCUGGUGGGUAUGAUCAUGGAGGGCUCAAUACCGCUCCUGUGUAAGCAUGGAGAGUGGUAUCAUGGGUACACUGAAAGAUGAUCACCAUGAGUAUUCCACAUCUGCCCAUAGGUGGCAAUAUAAGUCGUGUGACAAAGGCCGUUCUGUUUCUCCUUUCCUGACUAAGGAUCGUUGUAAUAACAAUGCUCACCCUUGGAUUGCUAAAGCGUGGGCUUUCAAUAUGGCAGUCGGCCUCCUCGGCUUACUCAUCGCGCUUAGAAUAGCGAAAGGCUGGCGCCAGCAGUCCUACCUACCCAUAUCCCGCUGACCUGAGAGAACAUAUUUACUCGAGUAUAU